AUGAUUGGACGAAAUGAUUGGAUGAAAAAUGAUGAGCCAAGAGAAACUUGGACCCGAAAAGCAGACUUUCUCCUGUCUGUCAUUGGUUUCGCUGUUGAUUUGGCUAAUGUAUGGCGUUUCCCAUAUUUAUGCUUCAAAAAUGGUGGAGGGGCUUUUUUAAUACCGUAUACAUUAAUGGUAAUUUUUGCUGGUGUACCAUUGUUUUAUAUGGAAUUAUCACUUGGACAAUAUUACAGAAAAGGAGCAGUUACUACGUGGGGUUCGAUUUGUCCACUUUUCAAAGGAAUAGGAUACUGUGUAAUAAUGAUAGCAUUUUAUACGGAUUUCUUUUAUAACGUAAUUAUUGCUUGGGCUUUGCAUUUCUUCCUGAAAUCAUUCACCACCAAUUUACCGUGGGCAUCAUGUGAGCAUGAAUAUAACAGUAUCAUAUGCUAUGAACCAAG